AACUGCGCUAUGUUGUUAAAACGCUGGUCAUCGCACUCUCCAGUCGACUUUGAGCGCACAAGCAAAUUAUAACCUUAAUACACAAAAUUGCCCCUUCUCUUUCUUGUAAGCGAGUUGUUGAACGAGUGUGAAUGCUAUAGCAAGGUAGCUGGAGCAUGCGUAUGCGCGGAUUUAAGGUGACGUGAGACGUGCGUGAUACGUUUACAAGUGAAGGAACGGUGUUUUGGUGAAAUUGUGAAGAGAAAUUGUGAUGAAAAUGUGAAAUUAUAAGUGUAGCAGGUACAAUAAUUAUUUUAUACUUAGAUUUCAGAGAACAAUGUCAUAAGUCACAUAAGAUGACGCGCGUGAAGUGGUUGGUACUGCUGUCGCUGUACGCGGCCCGCUUCGCGCAGCAUCCGACGGCGCCGGUGCGCGUGAGCAACGGCUGGCUGCGCGGCGUCGUGCCCAACGACGGCACGCAUGCGCAGUACCUGGCCAUUCCUUACGCUACCAUGCAGAACAGAUUCCAGGCACCAGGACCCGAACCUACCUGGGAAGGCAUCAGAGACUUCAGCGAUGAGCACGUCCGCUGCACACAAAGGUUCACAAGCUCCGCGAUAGCAGGCCAAGAAGACUGCCUCACUCUCAACGUUUACACGCCAGUCCUCCCGUCCCCAGACCUUCACCCGGUCAUGGUCUUCAUCCAUGGAGGCGGUUUUCGAGAUGGCUCCGGCUCCCCUUUCCUCUAUGGCCCUCAAUAUUUCAUCAGACAUGACGUCAUUCUAGUCACAUUUAACUACAGACUUGAAGUCCUUGGGUUUCUCUGUCUCGGUAUCAAAGAAGCGCCUGGCAACGCUGGCUUGAAAGAUCAAGUUGCAGCGUUACGAUGGAUCAAGAAAAACAUCAAAGCUUUUGGAGGCGAUCCUGAUAAUAUAACGAUAUUCGGAGAAAGUGCCGGCUCAGCGUCGGUGAUGUACCAUCUUAUAUCGCACAUGUCACGAGGACUGUACCAUAAAGCUAUCAUGCAGAGUGGUUCAGCCAUGUCCCCUUGGAGUUUUCAAUUUGAGCCUCUUAAAACAGCUAGUUCAUUAGCUUAUCAAUUGGGCCUUGAAACUGAGGACCCUCACGAAAUAUAUAAAUUAUUCAUGAGUUUCACUCCACAAGAGUUAAUAAAAGCCCGUGUACCGAGAAAAGAAGGUGACAUAGUCUUGUCCGAGAACAUAUUCGUUCCUUGUGUGGAAGAUAAGUUGCCAGGUGAAGAGCAGUUCUUAUCAGAUAUACCGUACAACAUAAUGUCAAAAGGUCUCUAUAACAAGGUUCCAAUUAUCAUUGGAUAUAAUAGUGCGGAAGGAUACAUGUUUAUUGGAAAGGAAAACGACACGACGUUGUCGAAGUAUAGCUUUGUGGGCGGAAUGCCCAGAGACCUUGAAUUCCCGACUGAAGAAGAAAAAUUGAAGACCGCCCAGAACUUGAAAGAACUGUACAUGGGGGAUGAAGAAAUAACAAAAGACACUCUGGACAAGAUUGCACACUUUGUUGGAGACGCAAGUAUAUCAUUUCCGGUGGUUUUUGCAACAGAUUUGUUUGUAAGAACUUCUGAUAAACCGGUGUUUUCGUACAAGCUGUGUUACGAUGGGUGGAUGAAUUUUGCUAAACGAUACUUCGGGUUUGAAUCCUGGCCAGGGGCGACCCACGCCGAUGAGUUGUUCUACAUGUUCAAGAUAAAAGUGCCGGUGCUUCUCCACGAAUACAUAGAGUGGGAUAUUAUACAAAAUAUUACAACUAUGUGGACCAAUUUUGCUAAAUUCGGUGUCCCGACGCGGCAGUCUACGCCUCCACUUCCAAACUGGCGAGCCACAGACAAGGCAGACCCUCAUGUUUUGGUCAUAGACAAGGAGUUUUCCAUGGCGCCUCUAUGGGGAAGCGGAAUUCUACGCUUCUGGAAUAGUACUUAUACCAAUUAUAGGAGAAAAAAAUGAGAAUUAAAAGAAUUGUUAGGUUAUUAAAAGCGGCGUAGUACUUGACUUUCACUGGUUUGGUUUUUGUUGGCGGUCAAGCUGUAGAUCCUUGCUACACAGGAGUUGCAGCUGCGGGAACGAGUCCCGUAUAAGGCGGCCAUACAUGUGCCAGUACAGUCGCACAGCAUUUGAUUUUUUCUUUUUAAAAUAACAUUCUUGCCAACUUGUAAAAAAGAAAGUAAAAUGUAAAAAUCUUUUACAAUAAAGUAAGGUUUUAGUUUCUAAACUUUGAAGAAAUAUUUAAAAAAAUAUUUUACUUGUAAAAAUUGUAGUACCUAAACAAACACUAAGGGUGGGAUGCACCAUCUUAAUUUAACUUUGACAAACGUCAAAAGUCUGUCAAACUCCAUACAAAAUACACCGGUUAUCGUAAUAGUAGCACAGAAUAAUAAUAAGUACUACGAUAGUAGUUACUGUUAAAGUUAGGUGGUGCAACUCAGCCUAAGAGUGUCAAAAAUCUAUACGUUUUAUGCAUUACAAAAAUGAAAAUAUGUAACAAACAAUCUAAGCUUUGCUCUUAAUUAAAAGUAAAUAAUGAUAAAUUAUUAUUUAUAGAAAUAUUAUAUUAACUACUCAAGUGGAUUUAUUAUAGCUAUUAAUAACUAUGGGCAUUGUUUCUUGUGAUAUUAAAAUUAAAUGAGAUUGUUGUAAUUAUACUUAAUUUUAUCUCAAUGUGGGUAUGGCUUAAAAUUAUAACUAGUAAUUUAAGUUUAAGGAAUAGUAAAGAAUAACGAUUUGUAGCCUAUUUUUAUUUUAUAUAAAAGAUGUUCUAGAUCAGUGUUUUUUAACCCCAUAAUAUGUAUGGGUGUACGCAGCCUUUUAUACGGACCAUUGAACAAUAAUAAAUAAAUGGUUUUUUAUUAAGGGGUCCUUAAAAUUGUGCUUGAUUUCCUAAGGAAUCCU